AUGGCUCUUGUCAAGCCUAAUGUGGGAGAUGCCCUCCCUCUUGUGGCUUCAGGCAAAGUGCGCGAGCUUUAUGCUGUCGACUCCAAAUCCCUGCUCUUUGUAGCGACGGAUAGGAUAUCUGCAUACGAUGUGAUCAUGAAGAAUGGUAUCCCACAGAAAGGCGUCCUCUUAACUCUCAUGACUGCACACUGGUUUCAAUAUCUCCAGAAACAAAUCCCGACCCUCAAGACCCAUUUUCUUUCCCUCGAUCUGCCAUCUUCCCUACCAGAUGAUGUUGCUACUGAGCUGAAAGGCCGCAGUAUGCUUGUGCGCAAACUCAAGGUAUUCCCUCUGGAGGCCAUUGUACGAGGAUACAUCACAGGCUCGGCAUGGUCGUCGUACAAGAAGACCGGUGAGGUGAAUGGCAGGAAGAUGCCUGAAGGACUACAAGAGUCGCAAGAAUUUCCCGAGCCGAUCUACACGCCGAGCACUAAAGCCGAGCUUGGUGAGCAUGACGAAAACAUAUCGAUAGAACAGGCUGCGAAGAUUGUAGGCGAGAAGCACGCAAAGCGGAUCGAGGAAUUGUCGCUACAGAUUUACAAAGCUGCAAGGGACUAUGCAAGAGAGAGAGGCAUCAUCAUUGCAGACACCAAGUUCGAAUUCGGCUUGGAUGAGGAAACGGACGAGGUGGUGCUGAUCGAUGAGGUCUUGACACCAGACAGUUCGAGGUUCUGGCCAAAGUCCAGUUACCAGGUUGGUCGGGGUCAAUCAAGUUUUGACAAGCAGGGCUUGCGCGACUGGUUGACACAGAAUGGCGUGAAGGGGAAGGAGGAUGUGGAAAUGCCGGACGACGUCGUCGAGGCUACUCGGGCCAAGUAUCUCGAAGCUUUCAAGGUCUUGACAGGCAAGUCUCUGGAGGAGACAUUGCGACCCAUGCAUUAG